CGCUGGGCGGGCCGGGCCGGGGGCGCGCAGCCCGUCACGCGGCGGCGCCGUCACAGCUCAGAGCAGCCGGCGAGCGGCAGCAGCUCCGGGCUCGGGAGCCCGCGCCCAUGCCAGUGCCCAUGCGGGGCCGCUGCUAGUGACGCCGGAGAGGUGUUUCCCCGCACACUGGGACUCCCACUACUGCAAAGAGUGACCCACGAAGGCCACAGCGAUGGCUGGGGCUUCGGUGAAGGUGGCGGUGCGGGUCCGCCCCUUCAAUUCCCGGGAAAUGAGCCGCGACUCCAAGUGCAUCAUUCAGAUGUCUGGAAGCACCACCACCAUCGUUAAUCCCAAACAGCCCAAGGAGACGCCCAAAAGCUUCAGCUUUGACUACUCCUACUGGUCGCACACCUCGCCCGAGGACAUCAACUAUGCAUCGCAGAAGCAGGUGUACCGGGAUAUUGGCGAGGAGAUGCUGCAGCAUGCCUUUGAGGGGUACAACGUGUGCAUCUUCGCCUACGGGCAGACGGGUGCCGGCAAGUCCUACACCAUGAUGGGCAAGCAGGAGAAAGACCAGCAGGGCAUCAUCCCGCAGCUCUGCGAGGACCUCUUCUCUCGGAUCAACGAUACAACCAACGACAACAUGUCCUACUCGGUGGAGGUCAGCUACAUGGAGAUUUACUGUGAGCGUGUCCGUGACCUCCUGAACCCCAAGAACAAGGGCAACCUUCGCGUGAGGGAGCACCCACUGCUGGGGCCCUAUGUUGAGGACCUCUCCAAGCUGGCUGUCACCUCCUACAAUGACAUCCAGGACCUCAUGGACUCAGGGAACAAGGCCAGGACCGUGGCGGCCACCAACAUGAAUGAGACCAGCAGCCGCUCCCACGCUGUCUUCAACAUCAUUUUCACCCAGAAGCGCCAUGAUGCAGAGACCAACAUCACCACGGAGAAGGUGAGCAAAAUUAGCCUGGUGGACCUGGCUGGGAGCGAGCGGGCCGACUCCACAGGAGCCAAGGGCACACGCCUCAAGGAGGGCGCCAACAUCAACAAGUCGCUGACCACCCUGGGCAAGGUCAUCUCCGCCCUGGCUGAAAUGGACUCCGGACCCAACAAGAACAAGAAAAAGAAGAAGACAGAUUUCAUUCCGUACCGAGAUUCCGUGUUGACCUGGCUCCUCCGGGAAAACCUGGGCGGUAACUCAAGGACAGCUAUGGUGGCAGCCCUGAGUCCUGCAGACAUCAACUACGACGAGACCCUCAGCACACUGAGGUAUGCUGACCGGGCCAAGCAGAUCCGCUGCAAUGCUGUCAUCAAUGAGGACCCCAAUAACAAGCUGAUCCGUGAGCUGAAGGAUGAGGUGACCCGGCUGCGGGACCUGCUGUAUGCCCAGGGUCUUGGCGACAUCACUGACACCAACACUGUGCCUGGAGGACCCAAAUACGUGUCCGACCUUGAGAACAAUAACCUUAACCGUGGCGGGAUGGUGAAUGAAGCCCCUGACCCUCUCUCCACAGUGACCAAUGCCCUGGUGGGUAUGAGCCCCUCAUCCUCGCUCUCAGCCCUGUCCAGCCGCGCAGCCUCCGUGUCCAGCCUCCACGAGCGCAUCUUGUUUGCCCCAGGCAGCGAGGAGGCCAUUGAAAGACUGAAGGAAACAGAGAAAAUCAUAGCUGAGCUCAACGAGACCUGGGAGGAGAAACUUCGGCGAACAGAAGCCAUCCGGAUGGAGAGGGAAGCCCUGCUGGCCGAGAUGGGUGUGGCCAUGAGGGAGGAUGGCGGCACCUUGGGCGUAUUCUCUCCCAAAAAGACACCACACCUCGUCAACCUGAAUGAGGACCCACUGAUGUCCGAGUGCCUCCUCUACUACAUCAAGGAUGGGAUCACCAGAGUGGGCCGGGAGGAUGGCGAGAGGCGGCAGGACAUCGUUCUGAGUGGGCAUUUCAUCAAGGAGGAGCACUGCGUCUUCCGGAGCGACUCCAGGGGGGGCAGUGAAGCUGUGGUGACCUUGGAGCCCUGUGAGGGGGCAGACACCUACGUCAACGGCAAGAAAGUCACAGAACCCAGCAUCCUGCGGUCAGGAAACCGCAUCAUCAUGGGUAAGAGCCACGUGUUCCGGUUCAACCACCCCGAGCAGGCCCGGCAGGAGCGUGAGCGCACGCCCUGUGCGGAGACGCCAGCUGAGCCUGUGGACUGGGCCUUCGCCCAGCGUGAGCUGCUGGAGAAGCAGGGCAUCGACAUGAAGCAGGAGAUGGAACAGAGGCUCCAGGAACUGGAGGACCAGUACCGCCGCGAGCGGGAGGAGGCCACUUACCUGCUGGAGCAGCAGCGGCUGGACUACGAGAGCAAGCUGGAGGCUCUGCAGAAGCAGAUGGACUCCAGGUACUACCCGGAGGUGAACGAGGAGGAGGAGGAGCCCGAGGAUGAAGUCCAGUGGACGGAGCGGGAGUGUGAGCUGGCACUCUGGGCCUUCCGGAAGUGGAAGUGGUACCAGUUUACGUCUCUGCGGGACCUGCUGUGGGGCAAUGCUAUCUUCCUCAAGGAGGCCAAUGCCAUCAGUGUGGAGCUGAAAAAGAAGGUACAAUUCCAGUUUGUCCUCCUGACGGACACACUCUACUCCCCUCUGCCCCCCGACCUGCUGCCCCCAGAGGCCGCCAAAGACCGAGAGACGCGGCCCUUCCCACGCACUAUUGUGGCCGUGGAGGUCCAGGAUCAGAAGAACGGGGCCACCCACUACUGGACGCUGGAGAAGCUCAGGCAGCGCCUGGACCUGAUGCGGGAGAUGUACGACCGCGCUGCAGAGGUGCCCUCCAGUGUCAUUGAGGACUGUGACAACGUGGUGACCGGCGGAGACCCCUUCUAUGACCGCUUCCCCUGGUUCCGGCUGGUGGGCAGUUCAGCCAUCUCUGGCUGCAACAGCUACCCUCUUCUGAACACAUGCAUGAGCGAGCGCAUGGCUGCUCUCACCCCCUCCCCCACCUUCUCGAGCCCCGACUCCGACGCCACCGAGCCUGCCGAGGAGCAGAGCGUGGGGGAGGAGGAGGAGGAGGAGGAGGAGGAGGAGGAGGAGGAGGAGGAGGAGGAGGAGGAGGACCUGGAGGACGACGUCUUUCCGGAGCACGAGCUGUGCGACGGCCGGGACCCGUUUUACGACCGGCCCCCCCUGUUCAGUUUAGUAGGAAGGGCCUUCGUGUACCUGAGCAACCUGCUGUACCCCGUUCCCCUGGUGCACCGUGUGGCCAUCGUCAGCGAGAAGGGUGAGGUGAAGGGCUUCCUCCGCGUGGCUGUCCAGGCCAUCUCAGCUGAUGAAGAGGCCCCUGAUUAUGGCUCUGGCGUCCGCCAGUCGGGAACUGCUAAAAUCUCCUUUGACGACCAGCAUUUUGAAAAGUUCCAGUCCGAGUCUUGCCCUGUGGUGGGGAUGUCCCGCUCGGGAACCUCCCAGGAAGAGCUUCGCAUUGUGGAGGGCCAGGGCCAGGGCGCAGACGUGGGGCCCUCAGCCGACGAAGUCAACAACAACACCUGUUCAGCGGUGCCCCCAGAAGGCCUCCUCCUAGACAGCUCUGAGAAAGCCGCCCUGGACGGGCCCCUGGACACUGCCCUGGACCACCUCCGCCUGGGCAGUACCUUCACCUUCCGUGUGACAGUCCUGCAGGCGUCCAGCAUCUCUGCCGAAUAUGCUGACAUCUUCUGCCAGUUCAACUUCAUCCACCGCCACGAUGAGGCCUUCUCCACAGAGCCCCUGAAGAACACAGGCAGAGGCCCCCCACUCGGCUUCUACCAUGUCCAGAACAUCGCAGUGGAGGUGACCAAGUCCUUCAUUGAGUACAUCAAGAGCCAGCCCAUUGUGUUCGAGGUUUUCGGUCACUACCAGCAGCACCCGUUCCCGCCCCUCUGCAAGGACGUGCUCAGCCCCCUGAGGCCCUCGCGCCGCCACUUCCCUCGGGUCAUGCCACUGUCCAAGCCAGUACCCGCCACCAAGCUCAGCACGCUGACGCGGCCCUGUCCGGGGCCCUGCCACUGCAAGUACGACCUGCUGGUCUACUUCGAGAUCUGUGAGCUGGAGGCCAAUGGCGAUUACAUCCCAGCCGUGGUGGACCACCGUGGGGGCAUGCCAUGCAUGGGGACCUUCCUCCUCCACCAGGGCAUCCAGCGACGGAUAACAGUGACACUGCUGCACGAGACAGGCAGCCAUAUCCGCUGGAAGGAAGUGCGCGAGCUGGUCGUGGGCCGCAUCCGAAACACUCCAGAGACUGACGAGUCCCUGAUCGACCCCAACAUCUUGUCUCUCAAUAUCCUCUCUUCCGGAUACAUCCACCCAGCCCAAGAUGACCGGCAGUUUCUUGAUUCGGACAUACCUAGGACCUUUUACCAAUUUGAGGCUGCGUGGGACAGCUCCAUGCACAACUCUCUCCUGCUGAACCGGGUCACCCCUUACCGAGAGAAAAUCUACAUGACGCUCUCUGCUUAUAUCGAGAUGGAGAACUGCACCCAGCCAGCCGUCAUCACCAAGGACUUCUGCAUGGUCUUCUAUUCCCGCGACGCCAAGCUGCCAGCCUCACGCUCCAUCCGCAACCUCUUUGGCAGUGGGAGCCUUCGGGCCUCGGAGAGUAACCGUGUGACCGGCGUGUACGAGCUCAGCCUGUGCCACGUGGCUGACGCGGGCAGCCCAGGUAUGCAGCGCCGGCGCCGGCGAGUCCUGGACACAUCCGUGGCCUACGUCCGGGGCGAGGAGAACCUGGCAGGCUGGAGGCCCCGGAGCGACAGUCUCAUUCUGGACCACCAGUGGGAGCUGGAGAAGCUGAGCCUCCUGCAGGAGGUGGAGAAGACCAGGCACUACCUGCUCCUGCGGGAGAAGCUGGAGACCACCCAGCGGCCUGUCCCGGAGGCACUGUCCCCGGCCUUCAGCGAGGACUCUGAGUCCCACGGCUCCUCCAGCGCCUCCUCCCCGCUCUCGACUGAGGGCCGCCCAUCACCUCUGGAGGCUCCCAAUGAGAGACAGCGGGAGCUGGCUGUCAAGUGCUUGCGCCUGCUUACGCACACGUUCAACAGAGAGUACACACACAGCCACGUCUGUGUCAGUGCCAGCGAGAGCAAGCUCUCUGAGAUGUCUGUCACCCUGCUCCGGGACCCGUCGAUGUCCCCUCUAGGGGCAGCCACUCUCACCCCCUCCUCCACUUGCCCCUCUCUGGUUGAAGGGCGGUACGGUGCCACUGACCUGAGGACCCCACAGCCCUGCUCCCGGCCAGCCAGCCCAGAGCCUGAGCUGCUGCCAGAGGCCGACUCCAAGAAGCUCCCUUCCCCUGCCCGGGCAACAGAGACAGACAAGGAGCCCCAGCGCCUGCUGGUCCCCGACAUCCAGGAGAUCCGAGUCAGCCCGAUCGUCUCCAAGAAGGGGUACCUGCACUUCCUGGAGCCGCACACAUCGGGCUGGGCCAGGCGCUUCGUGGUGGUGCGGCGCCCCUACGCUUACAUGUACAACAGCGACAAGGACACCGUGGAGCGGUUCGUGCUCAACCUGGCCACUGCCCAGGUGGAGUACAGUGAAGACCAGCAGGCUAUGCUCAAGACACCCAACACGUUCGCGGUGUGCACGGAACACCGUGGCAUCCUGCUGCAGGCCGCCAGUGACAAGGACAUGCACGACUGGCUGUACGCCUUCAACCCCCUCCUGGCCGGAACCAUACGGUCCAAGCUCUCCAGAAGGAGGUCUGCCCAGAUGCGGGUCUGAACCUGAGCCCUCCCAUGACAGCCGGCAAGCCCAGCCCAUCCCUACCCUUGUCCUCGUCUGUCCUGUCACCUGCCACCCGGCCCCUCUCCUGCCAGACAGCCCACGACUGGGUCGACCCCCCAGGGGACACCCAUGCCAGGCCCGGGGACCUGUGCCACACGACCAGCUGUGCUCCCAGCAGAGGCCACGCAUGUCGGUUCUUCUUGCGUAAUGUGCUCUGGUGGAACAAGCUGGGAGGGGCUGGGGGGGCCAAGGGCACAGGUCACGGUGUUCUUGCUGCGUUCUAAUAUUUUUUUAAGCAUAGACAGACUUAUAAUUAAUAUACGUUAGUUAGUGACAUUGAAACGGUCAACUCGGAAAUUAACUAUAAGACUUGUUCUAUUUAUAAGUAUUUAUUUCUAAUGCCUCCACAUAGCCCUGUAAUAUUCAGAUGGAACCCCCAAACACCUCCACCCCGUUUGUUCCCACGUGUGUCUCCCAAACCUGCUAGGCACAGGCAGGGCAGGGCAGGGACACCUUGGAAGGCCAUAGUGAGGAGCUGUCUGGACCAGUGGGGCACCUUGGGGCUAGCACACGGGUGCAUCACCUGGGCCCCAGGCUUCUCCAUAGCCACAUGGGUCCUGGGUGUAUGUGAGGGAGGGUGGGGGGUCUUCUGAUGCCUGAAGUCUGAGCGGCAUGGAGGGUGGUGUGAGUUCCUCUGGUGGGAGGUAGAACGCACAUCUCUUCUGGGCAGCCACCUGAGAUGUGACUCUAAGAAGAGUUCCAGCAGCUUCCCCCAGGAAAGGGUUUGGGGUGACACUCAGCUCUAGCUCUGAGAUGAGGCAGACGGCACCUGGGCUGUGAUCUGUCCUGGGUGGGGACCGGGAGGGAGCAGGGUCGGGAUCACCCACCAGUGUGCAGACUAUGGGGCUGUGUGCUGUCUGUGGACCAUCAGGGUAGGGUGAUGGGUUGAGACCAGGAUGUCAGGGAAGGUCAGAAUUCAGGGUGACGGUCUAGGUGUUGAGGGCUGUCGUGCAGCCUCCUCAGCUGCAGUAAGAAAUGGAGUGAGCUCAAGGUAGCUUCUGGGAAGAAAUUUUGCCACUAGCAGGUUUCUUACAAAGACUUUCCUCCCUUUGUUCCCAGGGCAGAGUUCCUGUGAGUCCCACUGAGAAAAUCCAUGGGGUGGGGUGUCCCGGUUGGUAGGUAAUGGAGGGCGGCUGGCUCAGCGGUUACUGUCUUUAAGGAGCUCUUCCCUUCUGCAUCUGGAGUGUCCCUUUGUUCUUGUCCCAUUUCACCCCCUCUGCAGACACCAGUGUCCCAGGGCCACCCAGGACAGCACAGGGGCCAGUCCCAAGCUGAGAGUCUGGUCAUAGGAGUCAUGUCCAGAGGCCUAGGGAGGUUUUAGGGCCCUCCCCACCUACACCAGAGGUCAAUUUGGUCUCUUUUUAGCUCAAGGAAAGACAGUAGCCAAGCAACAGAAUCCCUCUUCCUCCAAUGGCCCAUGGGAGCAGUUACGUCGGGUCUCGCACUCCAAUGGCCCAUGGGAGCAGUUACGUCGGGUCUCGCACUCCAAUGGCCCAUGGGAGCAGUUACGUCGGGUCUGGCGCGCCAGACCUAGGGCCAGGUGUUCUGGCACCACCCAGCACUCUCACCAGAUCUGCUUCCUGGAGUGGGGGACACGCUGCACCCCACUAGCUCCGAGGCUCCUACCCUCCCAGGCUGUCCCACGUGAUGAUGACAUGAGCCUCAGAGACCCCGAUCCCAUGCCUGGGGAGAGACAGCGGCUCGGGAGUGGGGGAGCAUGGGCCUUCUACACCACAUGGGAAGGUUCUGGUGUGAGAUUUUCCUCUGGGAAGGUUGUUUGGGCCCCUGAGGUUCCACCUCGGAGAGUGGGGUGCAGGGCAGGCGGGCCGGGGCCCACGCUGGCUGCAGUCUCUGUGGCUGCCUGCCUGGGACAGCCUGUUUGGGAGCUGGGACCAUGGGCUCGCCUUUUCGUACCUGGGAUCAGGUGCGGUGUGGCCACCGCCGCCCUCAUCCCCUAGCUGGGAGGCUCUCCCAGGGGCUGAUGGGGGAUUUCUGUGAGGGAGAAUCAGGGUUCAGGAAGCCACGCCUGGGAAGGCAGGACACAGGACACAGCAGUUUUCUUUGCAAAUCUCCCAGGUGAGUGAGGAUUUACAGCCCAGAAUAAAAUUCAGAAGCCAGGUGGCCUGUGCUCCCCAUGGGUGUCCUCUGGAGGCAGUGGGCCAAGACGCAGAGAGGAGAGAAUGCAGAACAGCUUCUUGCAGAAGCACCCGCUCCGGCAUCCAGGGCUGCCUGGAGGCAGGAAGGAGAGGCAGGGGCAGAACACGCUGGUCUGAGAUGAGUCAAAGCCCCACAGGCCCCAGGCAGGCUAGAGGAGGUGCAGGCCCUACCACAGCCCACUCAGGUCAGCCAGCCUGAGGCUGCGGCCUCCAAAGGGUCUGGGUGCCCCCCAGGUCACAGGUGUCUGAGGCCAGCCAACCUGCAGAACACUUGUGGCAUGGGUGGGCUGAAGGGAGGAGCCUGGGAGCUGCCUAAAUUCAAAAGCCUCUACUGCCAUGGAGGCUGCCUGGCUGUGUCCUCUUGGCCAGGUGCCAUCUUGGCCUUGGCUAGGACUCAGGGCCACUCCGCAGCCUCCGUCGACUCCCUCCUUCCAGGCCUGCUCUAGUGAGGAGUGUCUGAGCCAGGGCCCAGAAACCCAGAGCUGUUGGUGAGAGGAGGUCGCCUGAGUCAGGAAACCUGCCUUUUUGAAGUUCUCUCUGCCAGAAACCACCUAGGGAUCACAUUAGCUGAGUUCCUUGAGCUCCCCAAGACUCAGUUUCCACAUCUGUGAGGUGGAGGGCUGGUGUGGAGGUGCCCACGGGGUGCAGUGAUCAGGAGACAGUCAGGCCCAGCAUAGCUGCUGGUUCCUGCUAAGUGGGGAAGGUGAGAUCUGAAAAGCCGCCUCCCUCAGACAGCUUCAUUUAAUGCUUUAUACUGCCGAGUCUGGGGGCUUGUUUUGGUUUGGGGGCAGCCAUCCUCCACCAGAAAUGGGGAGCUCCCUCUGCUGCGGCUCCAGAUAGAGGGAGAUGCCAGGCUCCAGGCCGACCAGCACUCGGGCUCUGAUGAGACCCGGCAAGUGCCCAGGGGUGACAAGUCCAAGGCCUCCCACUGAGAGUCAUCCCUUGGAAGAUGCCAGUGUUUCAUUCACCGGCUGCACAGGCACAAACUCCCGCACCCAGGACGGCUGUGAUGAGGUGGCCCUCCCUGUCAACCCUGGUCCCUGCAGUCUGCUGCGCCUGGGGCCCUGGUGGGGCUGAUGUCACGGGUGUUUGCUGUGCUGCUGCACUGGUCCUAUGCCAGCCUCCCCCGUGUGGGGACCACGGAGGGCACGCUCCCUCACCCCUGGGGCCGGGCCGUGCCGCCCCCCAGAUGGACAGCAGCUGUGGUGACCUGUGUUUCUCCCUGGGCCUGUGCUUCCUGUAGUUAGUCUGUCCCCUGGUUCCCCUGUGGCUCAGAGGCCGCGUCCCUGGCUUGUACAUAUGUGAUUGCUGUGGGCACACCCCAGACCCCAUAUCAUAGCUGCCGUCCCGACGUCACGACGCUCGUCCCGAUGUCUUACACCCGAGUGUUAGCCUUAGGUUCCUGUACUGUGUGUGCACUUGAGGCUCUGUCCAAUUAAGAAAUAAACGUGGCUCUUACCGACAC